UUGCUCGGCAGCUGGACACAGAAGCGAAGAAUCAGUUGGGCGCAAACAGACCAGCUUGACAAACCACGGAAGCUGCAACCAGAACUUUGAAGGCUUGAGUCUAAGUCAGCCCCUACCUCUUGUCCAGUCCAGCAGCUCUCACUGCCCAGGAAGGCUCCGUCUGUUCCGACCCAUGGCAAAUCCAGCAGUCACCUUCGACCUGCUGCUCCCCAUAAAGGCCUCUGAAGCCAGAGCUUCCUCUUAGACAAGCCCCACUCUAGAGCUCUCCAUCGGCUGUCAGCAUGUGGUCGCUGCUCCAGUCUCCUUUCCACGUGGCCUCGGUAUUCCUGCUUUUCCUGGUGCCCGGCAGCAAAGGCUUUAUCCGCGCAAUUUACAGCCGUAACGCCACCCGCCAAGAUUUCAGUGCUCUCCCCGCUCUCUUUGGGCCGCCGCUCCCCUGCAAGGGACUGAUGGGUUAUCUGCUCAAGGUGAUGCCUGCAAAGGUGUGCUACCAUUGCGACGGCCCGCCGGCACCCAGCAACUCCUCCACUGCCUUCGUCGCGCUCCUCCACCACUACGACUGCAUGUUUAGUGCCAAGGUCCUGCACGCUCAGCCCACCAGGGACCCAGUGCACCGCGCCAACUCACAAGCUCUGGUGGAAGCGAUUCGGCAGCCGGUCGACAGACAGUUGGUCUUCACUGGGGAAGCAGCCUCCCAGCUCCUGAGAAAGGUUUGCCGCUCUGACGAAGGCGGUCACGUCAUCCUGGUCCCUGAGCACUACCGUGUUGCCUGGAAGGAGGAUGCUAAAAGCUCCUGCCCCCGUGCUUGCAGGUGCCGGCUACAGCUGCUGGGACAUUGCUCCCACAUCCCGAUUCUUCUGAUCUGCAGGGCAAUUAGCAUCCUUGUUGCCAUCGUGACAGGCACCCUGCUCGUUGUGAAGUAUGCAAUGGGGUAUCACCAGUGGAGGAGAAGGAGGCGGAGAAGGAGGAGGAGAAACCUGCUAAGAGAGGAGCCCGGGAAGGAGUCCUCCACCAGCAUGUUUAACAGAGGUGCCAAGUACACAGAAUGUGCCAUCUGCCUGGAGGUGUAUGAAAAAGGAGACAGGCUGAAAAUUCUGUCUUGCUCCCAUGCCUAUCACAGCAAAUGCAUUGACCUCUGGCUCUUAACCCAGACCAGGAAUAAGACCUGCCCUCUGUGCAUGCAGAGGGUGACUGUGGCAGCAGAAAGCCCCGAGUUUGACCUAGAGGGACGUAUAGCGGAGGAAAGGAAUGAGGACAACCAAGAGGCUGAGGAAGAUGUGUACAACGGGGAGCGGCAGUAAUCGAACCACUCUUGGGACGGCCAAACCAAAACCGACUAACAUAAUUCUGCCAAUUCAGACUCCCCCACACUCUCAGCUUCCUCUCCCUUCCCCCCCUCAGCUCUAGUUUAUUGGGCCCACCGAGAGGAAAAAGGAAGAGCAGAGAUGGCAGGCGGUGAUGAGCCGUGGAAGACCAAAUGCACGUCCUUUGCUCUGCUUAUCUUGGGCAGCCAAUGAAAUCCAAGUUCGUUUUUGGAAGGGGAGGCCCCACUGAAAUCAGCUGGAGUCGCCCCCAUCUGGCUACCAGAACACCCAGCAGUGGCAUGAGGAAGAGCAGUCUGAAACCACCAGCAGACCCUCUGCGUUGCCUCAGGUUCUCCCUCACAACCACCUUUCUGCACGUACCUCCUGCUCUGCCGAUUGUUUAUUCCACACAGAUUUCUCUGGGCAGUUUCUAGCUCUGGUUUUGGAACCCGCUUUCAAGAUAUACAAACUUUUUUAGCUGGGGGGAGAUAAAAUGAACCAGAAAUCACCCCAUUCCCAUGAACAUCUCUGUUUAGCACACUCCCAUCUCCUGCUGCAGCUCCUCCAAGGGGCCAAAGAUCUACUCACAGCUAACAGUGAGGAUAAUAAAUAAUAAACAACAA